AUGGCUGCGUUCUCCAUAGAGUUUUUGCUCAUAUCCACAGUUCUCCAACUCGAUCAGCCACACGUCGCUCUCCUUCAACCGGUAGCAGUCAUCUCCCACAUCCUCUCAGAUACACAUUGGCGAAUGAAGCAACGCAAUCGAAGUGUUCGGCGUGUUGAAGCUAAAUUCAAGCCACGAAGGCAACAGUAA